GUGUCAGUGCCAUUCCUGCUCUGAUGAGGGCUUGACCUCCCCGUGGAGCUCCCAGUCACUUCCUUACUUCUCAGUCUCCUUGUCAGUGUUAAUCUUAUCUAACUAUAUCUCUGUAUGACCUGAUCACAGACUCUGUCUUUACAGUCACUGCAAGGAGACAUUCACCUUGAGAGCAUGGUCCACCUCCUCCUUAGGGAAAUGGUUUGGAUGUGUGAUUUGCUCUCAAGAAGAGCACUUUUUUGCUUGGGCUAGAAAAGGAAAUUGGCUGCCUAGCCAAGAGUUGCCCCUGUCCCAGUUCCUGCUGCCUGUGCAGCCUGUCCCAUGGAAGGGACAGCAGCUGCUGUCAGGAAGGGUGAUUCCAAUCUGUCUCCACUGAAUUUGUCCUCAGUGUCAAGUGCUGUUAUAGGAUAUAAUCUACAGGAGGGAUAUAUUGAGCUGCAAUCAGGGUUACAAACAGCAAAAGUGUCCACUCAUGAAAUAUCUUAAUUUAUUAAUGCAACAGAAUAGCUCCAGGACUGGUGGGUAGUGAUCAGCUCUGAGAUGGGGGACAGCCCUAGUACAUCACUGAGCUGCUUUCUAAAGACUUUUGGGAAGGAAAAGGAUUCAGAGGUUCAUUUGUGACCAGUUUUAACUGAAUAUAUAAGAAGUCACAGGAAAACAAUUCUGCCUCAGAGUUGUUUUGACUAGUUUUCAUGACCAGAGAGGUCAUGACUUGGUGAUACAAUUGUUGUCAUUUUGGUGGUCUGUAUGGAUGGCAGGGAGGUAGGAAAACCUUGGGGCUGCCCUUCAUCUGUUGGUAACACAGGUACAGCCACUGCCACUACCUCCACAUGAGGUCACCAAAGCCAUUGCAAGUCCAAUAUUUUAGGGUUCAGGGUUUCUUCUGGACUACAGCUAGUGCCUGCCCAGUUCAAUGUCCCAUUGUAGUUUACCAGAGAAUAACACAAUUAUUUGGAUCAUUUUGGAAAGUCACUCUGAAUUGUCAGGCCAGAAGAAUAGGCUGAAGGCAAAUGUUCCUGACUUGGAGAUAUUGGGGCUAUUGUACCAGAGAAUGAGGCCAUAGUACCUCUGUGCCAUUAGUGUCCAUUUUCAAGAUGAUUUGUAACUAACAAUAGCUUAUUGUACUUUUCUUUGGUUUGCGUCCUAAAGUAAAUGUUCCUUUAGUUUAUAUAACCUUUUUGCCAUUUUUUGUUCAGGUGCUUUUGCAGAACAUGCUGCUUCAGUCUUGUUUAAGUGUUACUGGGUUAUCCUCAGGGAUAAGACCUGAAUAUUUUUUUGUGUGGACUUUGGCAGCCUUUAACUUGGACUGAGCUCUGACCACUGGCUUUUUCAAGCCUUCUCAAGCCUUUGCAGUAAAGCUGUCAAGGGCCAACUAAAUGGCAUUGGCUUGGCACACCCGUGCCAAAGCCUCCUCUGUGGAGCUCAUUGUCUGAUGACACCAAAAGCAAACAAGAAUUCAAGGAGGCACAAAGUUGAGGAUAAGUCAGAGCAAUCCAGUGAAGCAGCCAAAGGGGUUAUUAGACAGAGGUUUCCAUGCAGUAUUCACCAGUAGGUUUCAUGUAGAAGCACAUAAUGGAAUAAAUCACUAAAACUGGGCCAGGAAAUGGAAAAAGCCUGACAUUGGAGUUUAAAUAUCCCCCAGGCUCAGGGGGUGUUUUAUGAAGCAAUAUAACUAUAAAAAUAGGGCAUCCUUCUCAGGGACAGUGUGGUUUUCUGUGCCUUGGAUUUGUUUUUCAGCUGUUCCAGGGUUACUUACUGAGUGUUUGUUACUUAGAUGAUUUCUUUCUGCUUUGUGUUGGAAAUGGCCUCAAGUUGCAUCAAGGGAGCUUUAGAUCUGAUAUUAGGAAAAAUUUAUUCAUGGAAAGGGUUGUCAAGCAUUGGAAGAGGCUGCUCAGGGAAGUGGUUGAGUCACCAUCCCUGGAGGGAUUUAAAAGACGUGUAGAUGUGACACUUGAGGACAUGGUUUAGUGGUGGCCGUGGCAGUGCUGGGGUCAUGUUUGAACUUGAUGAUCCUGAAGAUCUUUUCCAGUCCAAACAUUUCAAUGAAAAGGAAGCAAUGAUCAGGCAAAGACAAACACAUUCAAGAGGAAAAACUGAAUUUUUUUGGUUUAGGAGAGAGGUAGAACAAUACCAAGUUUCAAGUGUCACUAACUUGAAAGGUGGUUCAGGUUACAGUUCACUGAAUUGGGUGCCUGCUUGGCCAUAGAUAGAGGAAUGUUGGAUAGAUGGAUAGAUAGAGGUUACUGUGGUGGGAAACAGCAAGAAAUCACAGAAUUGCAAAAUGGAAAGGAUCACUGGAGGUCAUCUAGUUCAACCUCUCUGCUCAAGCACGGUCCCCAACCAUCUCAUGAACUCAGUGCUUGCCAGACUGCAAAUAUACUCAGUAACCAUCUCCAGGGUGCAGGUGACAGACACCCUGGUGCUGCUCAGCCUGCUGCUCCAUCACUGCUCGGGUGCAUAACGCUGCAGAGCCCUGAGGCUGACUUUCUUACUCACCUUGAGCAAAAGCCCGAGCAGCUUCAAAAUGUUCAGAUUUCUCUCAAAAGCCACUCUACAGUUAUGCUAGGAAAGCUUGGUUUUUAGCUUGGAAAGAGACACUGAAACAAUCAGAAGCAAGCAUGGUUUUAGUCCUGCUUCAGUGGACUCUUAAUUUUUGCACUCUUGCCGUGAACGGAAGCAGCUUUAUAUCCUCAGUCAAGGAUGCAGCAAAGAAAAAAAUAACUUUCCAGUCAUUUUUGCAUACAGCUGCAGCAUCAGGCAUCUAAAAUUUAGUGCUGAAAUGCAGCUGGUCCCACUCCACAGGCUGCAGCCCUUGGCUCUGGAGCUGGGAACAGAGCAGCUGAGCUGUGCCAAGGGUUGACAAACUUUGAUGUGUUUCACACUGGUGGCAGUCCAGCCUCAGGAUUUGUGACCUGUACAUGUACCAGUACAUAUCACAGAGGCAAUAUUUUAAUAUAAAUGUCCUUUUCCUUUCCUUGUUUGUCUGACUUAUCUUUAUAGCGUUAUCAAUGUUUUCUGAGUCUACAGUAAUUUUUCUUAUAAAACAAAGAGGGGGAAGAAUUAGGUGAAUCAUUUAAAUUUUGAUUGAUAAGUGGAAUGUAGAAAACAGUGCUUAGUCUUUUCAUAUUGAGCAGAGAUAUCUUUUUUCACCUUUUAUCAGCACUUACCCAUCUGUGACUUGAAAAACAAAACCCACAACUUUUGCUUGAGUGUGUCUGCACCCAAACUUCAUUCAAAAACUUUAUCAAAAAAUCUAUGCCUUUCAAAAUUAUGUCUGCUGAUAAUUUCCCUUGGUUUUUCUUUUUUUUCAUGUGUUGCAUUUGCUAGAGGCAUGUGGAUGGGCCUAGACACUCUGUCAUUCUCUUGAGGGAUGUGAGAGAGUGACAAGGCUCAUCCCACUGAUUUUUAAAUAUUCAUUUCAGAAGAAUAUUUAAAUGAUUUUUUUAAAGCACUUUUAUAACCAUAUGUUCCUCAAAAAAAAAAAGAAAUCCAGAAAUAAUUAUUCAAACUCAUUGUAUCAGUUGCACAGGUCUAUUUAACUGGGUGUUAACAAAGAAAAUAAUUUGGGAACUGAAAAAUUUCCUCAGACCUCUAUGUUUAAAGGAGUAUAACUCUGGUAUGCAGCCAUUUCAUCCAUCAGUAUGUUCGCACUCAGAAAUGUUCAUUCUCUUGUUGUAAUUUAAUGUUUGAUACAGUUUUAUUUGAUUCUUUGCCAUGCCCUGGGCUCUGGUUGCAUGCUCUCUGCGGAUCAACGAGUAGAUAGGAACAAAGCAGAAAGCAGUAGUGGAAGGAGCCUGUCUCCAGCUGGCAGACAUCCACACAGCCCAGGAGGGGUUCCCAGAUUUUCACCAGCUGAGAGAGCUUGGGACACUCAGGGGCUCAGGAACAGCAGCUAUCCCAGUGACUAAGAAGGAAAGCAAACCAAGAAGCAGCCUGAACUCCCAUUGCUCUGUGUGGCAGCAUCCCAAACAGUGUCAGCUGGAUGCUGAGCAGGCAGCGCACGAUUGGAUGUAAGUGAUGCAUAUACCUUCUGUUGACAUUUUAUUUGGCAGUGAUUUAACGCUAGCUUUCUAAUAUUGCUGUUCUCCACAGGCUGCUUUCAAAUGUAGGAAGAGAAGGAUGGCAAAAAGAUGCAAAAUAUGAGACAAGUAGCAAAAAUAUUUCUUUGCUAUGGAAGCACUCACAAACAACCUUCACUGUCGGCAGCAGGAGAGUGUAGCAUAACCCAUUUCAAGACCAGAAAAGGAGACACACAAAACCUUUGCAGAUAUCAGUAUUCAGCUCUCCUGAGAUAAGGAUUUUUUUGUCAGGUUGCAAAUGGGGCAUUGCCCAAGCCAGGUCAUGUAGGGGCCAUAUGAUCAUGCAUAACAUUGCAGUUGUUAUAUAUAAUACUUUCAUAGUGCAAUGGUUAAGAGAUGGUAGAAUACCUGCUGUCUACCUGCUGUCUACUGUGAAACAGUAAAAUCUUGUAAUUUGGCAGCAUGUUCCUUUCUGUCAGCACCAACUGUGCUUCACCCAUGUCUAGCUGCAAAGAAUCAGCCAGUGGUCUCAUUAGAGCUCAACUCUGUAGAAUAAAUGAAAUUGUUCUUUCUUUUGAUGUUAAUAAUGAAGACGUGUUCAGUGGUUGUGAUGCUUAUAGUCCUUCAGCUACUGAAAUUCUUUCCAUCCAGUUCAUCUUGUCCCAGUCAAGCAUUCAGGUUACAGCACCACGAUGUAUCCUGCCUCUCAGGCUAUCCUCCCUGCCUUUCCCACUAGGGCGAGCAGUGGGUUUUCAUUCUUAGCCUCUUGCACCCUAUCCCUUGUUGCUGCUUUAUUUACAAGAUCAUUCUUAAAAAGCCAAACCACCAUUAAUCCCAAAUCCCAAAGGUUACUGGUUUUCUUCUCAUAUAUGAAAACAACCACCUUCACUUGUCUCUUCCAAACAUUGUUUCUCAUAUGCAUUUUUGCUGGCUUGUUGGUUGAUAAGGUGAGACCUAGUAGCAUGUUUUUGUUUGGUGAUCUACUUGCUUCUGUUCUACAUCACCUCCUCCUGUGGUUACACAUGGAAAGAAAACUUUGCCUGGGGAUGUGGUAUGUUGAUCUUCCCUGGGGCAGUUCUGAGGCAGAGUGAUGCCUCCGGGUCACUCUGGCAGCAACGGACUGGCACCUCCAGGAACAGCUGCUUUGCACUCCUGGUUUCUUCCUCUCAUAUUAGAUUUGUGCAGGAGGACAUACUCCUGAAGUGUUUAUCUAACUGAAAAAACACUUUACAAUAACUCCUCCCAUACAUGUAAUAUACUGUGUAUAAACUUCACCCCUUGGUCUCUCAAGCUGGGCAGAGCCUCAGCUUACCCUUUCACGAAGCAGGUCCCAGAUCCUGGCCCAAAGGGCUGUGGACCUACAGGCUGAACGAUGAUUGCAGACUUGGUCUGGUCCAGAAUCCCUGUGUCCAAGGCUUUGGCCAUUUACCCAAGGAAACUUUCCCUUGAUUACCUACCAUUCCAGGUAGAGCUAAGAAAAGUCCAGUCCUCCUGGCCUCUGAUCAAGAGCAUAAAAGGAAACCAUAACUAAUUUACAGCCAGAUCUCCCCAAAUCCCCAAAUUGUCGUGUUCCUUACCAAGAGGAGGGAGAUGUAAACACUGAAGGUUAAUUACCCUUUUGUCAAGAACACUUUGUGGUCUAUAGACAUAUCUGUCAAUCUUACAAAACAGAACUGAGGGGAGAGAGCACUGAAGGCAUGUUCCUAUGAUAAAUUAAUGAGACUUGGCAGCUCACUGUGAAGAGAUGAUCCCUGUGCUUCCUGGGAGACAGUAACCUGGCUCCUCAGCCAGCCAGGCCACAGAUUUCAUACUGCAGUUGCAUCCGGGGUGCUUAUCCCUCUGUAAACAAACUCUGAAAUCCAGCUGUACAGGGAUCAAACGGUCUUCCUUGAGGCCUUAGCUUUCCCCUUUUCUGCUCAGCAAGCAGCAAGGGCUCAUCCCACCCAUACUGGAUCGCUUUUCCCAGCCCUGCUUGUUAGUCAUUUAAAAUAUCUUAUUUCUGCCUAUCAGCCCCUCUUGGCAAUGACGCUCCUUGGUGGGUCACGUAGCUGUCUGAAAUCCAAGGGACACAGCCACAAUCCCCCUGUGGGGGGAUGAUGUGUGUGCUGUUAGAUGACUGGUAGUUUGAAAAUGUGUUCAACUAUUCCCCUGGUUUAUAUAACCUCAAAGCAAUUUGCUUUCAUGGCAGAACAUGCUUAUUCAUUCUAUUUUAACUGCAUUGUGCUAUAAAUACUGUCUCCUCGCAGAUAAGAAUCUAUUGAAUUUUAUUAUCUUUUUCCUACCUUUGUAAGAUUUUCUCCUGACCCUAGCUCGUGAAGGAGACUUUCCCAGCCCUAGUAGUGAAGUUUCCAGGUUGAUUUUCUCCUGCCAGGCAGCCAUGAAUGGUGUCAAUCCCAGGUCAGCUUCCUUGCAGCCACCUCCUCGUUGUUCCUGCUUGGGCUGUGGCAAAGAUGAACUGAGUGCUCAGUGAUGCAGAGCUGAGAUCACUGAAGUGUCAGGGAAACUGAUUAAGCCAAUGAUUUCCUCUGACCAGCUGCAGGUUAAUAUCUCUGCAUUACCUCCAACCCACCUUCCUGCAGCACGUUCACUUCAAAGAGCAAUAACCUGGGUCAGUGUCCAGCAAAAUUGUGUUGUUUGCUGCCUCCUUUUUCUGAUGCUCAUUCUAGCAUUUUCCUGCUUUCCUGUGAGUAACCUCUGCCCUGUGCAAUGGAGCCCUGACCUGACAUCCUCAUCAUCUGGAAACUUCACAGAGCUGGAGCACAGCACGAGCUGCAGGCGUGUCCUCGGAGCUGAUACUGCUGAGACCCACGUCUGGUCCAGGCUGCAGCACAGCAGUGAAGUGGCCGAUAUUUUGGCAGCUGAUUUUUUAUGGUGCAGAUAACUUUUCAGCCUUGAAGAGACCAUCUUGUGAGCAGCACAGGAGCUCAGCCUGCAGAUUCAAGACACUUCCACCAUGACUGCAGCGGGUGUUUUCGUGCUCCUCUCCUUCGCGCUUUGCUGCAUCCCAGAUGCUGCCUUUGGGAUUGAGGUGGACUGCAGCACGUAUCCCAACACUACAAAUGAGGAAGGCAAAGAGGUGUUGGUGUGCAGCGAGGCCGUCAGCCCCAUCUGCGGUUCUGAUGGAGUCACCUACGGCAACGAGUGCUUGCUCUGUACCUACAACAUAGAAUAUGGAACCAAUGUCAGCAAAGACCACGAUGGAGAAUGCAAGGAAGUUGUCCCUGUGGACUGCAGUAGGUACCCCAACACAACAAGUGAGGAAGGCAAAGUGGCGCUGCUCUGCAACAAAGACCUCAACCCCAUCUGUGGUACCGACUGGGUCACCUACGACAACGAGUGCCUGCUGUGUGCCCGUAACCUAGAGGCUGGAACCAGUGUUGGCAAGAAGAAUGACGGUGAAUGUAAGAAGGAAAUUGUCGCAGUUGACUGCAGUGACUACCCUAAACCUGUCUGCUCACCUGACUACAUGCCUCUCUGUGGCUCGGACAACACAACAUACAACAAUAAGUGUAACUUCUGCAACGCAGUCGUAGACAGCAAUGGGACUAUCACUUUAAGCCAUUUUGGAAAAUGCUGAGUAUCAGUGCUGAGAGAAUUCAUCACAGGAUCCCCACCGGCAAAUCCCAGCUAAAGAUCUCACCUCAGUUCAUCUCACCCUCUGGGGAACUCAGCUCACUCCUGAUUUUCUUUCUCAAUAAACUAAAUCAGCAACA